UCUGUUUUUGGUUGUGGAUACACCAUAACACUUUUCUCAUUCUGUUGGCUGUUUCAGGGUAAAAGCCUGUGACAGGGAGUUUACCAUCUGAAAAUCUGAUUUGAUUGAAAACAGUGCAAAUCCCACGCUGGCCKGGGCAUCCAAUCUCACAUCAUCACUGGCACACUGCAGCCCCCAUAAUCCCACUUCUUAAUCCUAAUGCCUUUUCUAUUUUACGAAAAGUGAUCGGAUACCUGAARGAGGAUGAYGAUGCAAACAGCAGGACUCUGCAGCUUGAUUUGAUCCUCUGUGGUUUUGUUUUUUUCCUAAAAGGAUAUCUACUUUGGGGAUUAUUUCUUUAUCCGCAAUACUGGAGAGAGAUAUUUGACCCAUCCUGCACCACUGUAAUGCAUUGUGCUGCAGUUUGAAGCCAUGCAAACUGUGCCAAAGGACAAAAGGAACCACAGUGGGCAGCCAAGAUUAAUAUUUUCAGCAUCCCAGAACUGCAGAACUGAGAUCCAGACUCAAGUGGAAGGGACGCGAGGAAAUCCCAAKAACCCUCCGGCAGCUUCAUACCAUCACUUGUCGAAGUUAGAAACAGCAUCGUUUCACCAAUGUCAUGUAAACUGGACAAAUUAAAGGGAUAUAAAAAGAAGAGAAGCGCGUUCUCGGCGAAGCGCAGCAUCAGCACCAGAACCCGAAGCGCGUCCCCGCCCCGGUGGAGGCUGCCCGACAUCCCGGGGAGUGGAGUUGGAGCUGCGCGAGUUAAAGUUGGGCUUAAAGAGGGGGGGUCUGAGGAUGCUGCAGAGGAAUCUACGGUCUGAUUAACAUCACCUUUGCGAGGAAGAUUUUUUUUUUUUAAAGUGAAGGAUGACUUGCAAAAUAUUGAGCACAUGCCUCUUGUUUUUGGCUUUUCAACAUUGCUCAUCACGAGAGUGUGUUGAUCCGCUCGUCACUGGGCUCUAUGCCUCCUCCUUCUGGGCCUCUUCCAGAUAUAACUUUCUGUACUCUGCCAAUUUUGCCAAACUGUAUGGCAGCAGUGGCUGGUCCCCUUCCCUCAGUGACAGACAGCCAUGGCUGCAYGUCAAUUUGGGCAGGAAGUACAGACUGGUGGCAAUUGCAACCCAAGGGACUUUUAAUUCAUACGACUGGGUCACCAAGUAUACACUUCUCUACGGAGACAGACCGGAUUCCUGGACUCCAUACAUCAUGAAAGGAGGAAAUUCGACGCUGCCUGGAAACUGGAAUUAUUAUCAAGUGAAGAGAAAUGUCUUCCAUUAUGCCUURACUGCGAAACACAUUCGUCUGCUGCCUCUGGCGUGGAACACGGAGAAUGGAGGAAAGAUUGGUGUGAGACUGGAGCUCUUUGGCUGCCCUUAUGAUUCCUAUGUACUACAAUACAACGGAGACGAUGCAGUGGUGUACACAUAUCCAGAGAAAAGGUUCCGCACGCUGCAUGACCAUAUCGCCAUAAACUUUAAGACCCUGGAGCAGGAUGGUCUGCUGUUACACAGUGAGGGGAUUCAGGGGGACCUCUUCACACUAGAGCUGAAGAAAGGUCGUCUUUAUCUGCACAUCAGCCUUGGAAGCAGCGUGAUACACCAGGUUGACGGCAGAAUUACUCUGACUGCAGGAAGUCUCCUUGACAAUCUGCACUGGCACUAUGUCACUAUCAAGCGCUACGGUCGACAGGUCAACUUUACAGUGGAUAGUCAGACAGUGACAGCCAUUUGCAAAGGAGAAUUUACUCACCUGGAUCUAAACACACAGAUGUAUGUCGGAGGAGUAAUAGAGCCAAACCUGCCUCACCUCCCUACUAUACCAAACUUCCGAGGAUGUCUUGAGAAUGUCUUCAUUAACGGCAUCAAUAUCAUCGACAAGGCAAAGAGAGAGGAACCUGACAUUCGUAUUCCCCGAAAUAAAAAAAUGCACUUUGCUUGCCGUGACAUUCUGCUUAAACCAAUGACCUUUGCCGGACCCAACAACUUCUUGCAAGUGCCUGGGUUCAUCGGCAGGCCUCGCAUGUUUGUUAAAUUUAAGUUCCGCUCGUGGGAUUACACCGGGCUGCUGAUGUUCACACGCUUUGCUGACAACCUGGGCGCCCUUGAGCUGGGUCUGAGCGAGGGUCAGAUCAAUGUAACCAUCUUCCAGACGGGAAAAAAGAAGCUACAGUUCGCUGCAGGGUACAGGCUAAAUGAUGGUUACUGGCAUUCAGUGGAUUUGGCAGCCAGAGACAACCUGCUGACCCUCACCAUUGAUGAAGAGGAAGGCUCCCCACUGAAGAUCACCAACCCAUUUACCAUCCGAACUAGUGAUCGCUACUUUUUUGGAGGUUGUCCAAAAACCAAUAAUACAGCAUUCAAGUGUGAAACCAAACUGAAUCGCUUCCAUGGCUGCAUGCAACAUAUCUUCAUCGACAAUGAACAACUUGACAUUGACAUUACUCUGCAGCGACAGUGGGCACGUUACGAGGAGCUGCUGUUAGGUACCUGUGGAAUCACUGACAGAUGUACUCCCAAUCCAUGCGAACACGAGGGCAGAUGCAUUCAGUCCUGGGAUGACUUCAUCUGUCUGUGUGAGAAUACAGGCUACAAAGGAGAAGUGUGUCACAUGUCUGUUUAUAAAGAGUCUUGUGAGGCCUACAGGCUAAGUGGGAAAUAUUGGUCUGGAAACUACACCAUUGAUCCUGAUCUCAGUGGGCCGCUGAAACCCUUUGAAGUGUACUGCAAAAUGAAGUCAUAUAAAGCCUGGACUGUGAUUAUGCAUGAUCGAGUGGAAGGUACCAAAGUGUCUGGGAGCUCAAUAGACCGCCCGUCUAUAGUGGAUGUACACUACUGGAACGCCUCCUGGGAUGAAGUCACUGCUCUCGCCAACACCUCCAUGUAUUGUGAGCAGUGGAUCGACUACUCCUGCUACAAGUCUCGUCUCCUCAACACCCCCAACGGAAGACCAUUCGGUUAUUGGAUUGGUCGCAACAACGAGAGUCACUAUUACUGGGGUGGGACAUUCAGAGAAGUUCAGAAAUGUGGCUGUGCAAUUAAUCAAACCUGUGUCGAUCCAAAGUUCCAGUGCAACUGUGACGCUGACUAUAGACAAUGGUAUUCUGAUAAAGGUUAUUUGGACUUCAGAGACCACCUACCUGUGAGGAGGGUGGUGGUGGGGGACACCAACAGGACCGGGUCAGAAGCACAAGUCACAGUUGGGCCUCUCCGCUGCCAUGGGGACAGAAGUAUUUGGAACACGAUAGCCUUCACCAAGCCAACCUACAUCACGUUCCCAACUUUCAGGCCCGGCUCAACUGCUGACAUCUCCUUCCACUUCAAAACAUAUCGUGACCAUGGCGUCUUCCUGGAAAACUCCGAUGAACAACUCAGAAACUUUAUAAGGAUAGAACUGAACACCACCCACAAUCUUGCGUUUAUAUUCAUGGUUGGAGACGGCAUCCUUAAUGUGACCCUUCGCUCCCCUGUACCACUCAACGACAACGAGUGGCAUUUCGUUCAGGCUGAGCUUAAUGUGAAAUUAGCCAGGAUCAAGGUCGAUUAUCAGCCUUGGACUGUCAAACGUUUACCAGGCCAGACCUUUGUCACCAUGAAGUUCACACAUCCUCUUCUUGUCGGUGCAGCUAACCGCACUCUCAGGCCCUUCUUAGGGUGUCUUCGAGGAUUGCGUAUGAAUGGUGUUCCUAUUGAUUUGGAAGCGAAGGUAAAUGAAGAACAGGGCAUACGGAGGAACUGCACUGGAGAGUGCCUCAAUGCCACCAUUCCAUGUCGAAACAGUGGUCAGUGUAUUGAGGGAUACGCAUCCUACACUUGUGACUGUAACAAUACAGCCUUUGAUGGGUUCUACUGCCAUAAAGACAUUGGAGCUUACUUUGAAAUUGGAUCGUGGUUGAAAUACAACAUACUAAAAAAGCCCAUAUCGGAUGAGGCUGCGUGGGCAAACUGGAUUGAUCCGCAUUAUGAUAACUUCAGCCUCGGCUACAACGACACGGCUGAUGACAUAGAGUUUAGUUUUAGCACUGUUCACACACCAGCUGUGUUACUCUACAUCAGUUCUUUCGUUCAAGACUACAUCGCUGUCAUCCUCAAAUACGAUGGUAGUGUAGAUCUGAGAUAUAGGCUGGGGCUCAUAACACACAAGUACCAGCUGACUCACAGAAACCUGGCAGAUGGAUAUCCUCACUAUGUAAACAUAACCAGGCACAACAGAACCAUCAAAACACAGGUAGACUACAUGGAACCCAUAGUGGAGAAGAUAACACUAGUUGAGGACGCCAGAUUCGACUCUCCAAAAUCCAUGUUCCUGGGCAGAGUGAUGGAGGUUGGUGACAUUGACUAUGAAAUCCAGAGGCACAAUGCCCCAGGUUUCAUAGGAUGCAUAUCUGGAGUGAGAUACAAUGUCUACGCCCCGCUGAAGGCCUACUUCCGUCCGAACGUGACGAACCCUCCGGUCACAACACAAGGUCAUGUCUCGGAGUCGAACUGUGGGGCGUUUCCUCCUGUACUGGGUUAUGUGCCUUGGGAAGUCGAUCCCUGGUUCACUGGCAUAGAAUACUUUUACAUUCAUGAUGACCUAGGCUUGAUUUGGAUAACAGUUAUUGUCAUUGUGGCGCUGCUGCUGCUCUUUGGAGGCCUGUACAGCAUCUACGUCUAUGCUUAUCAGCAGAAGGGAAGCUACCUAACCAAUGAACCCAAAAACUUGGAAUCUCCCAGCAGCGCCAGGCCUUUGACCGAGACCCUGAGGAGAGAGAAAAAGAGCUUUCCAGAGAUUGAAGAGGAAUUCAGGAGUGGCUAAUAUCCCAGGACCUAAGGGACAAUGGGUGGAGUUUAACAUGGAUUGGUGGAGUUAGCACUUAAAAAAACAUCAACAAAAAAACAAACACAGAUACUUUUAGUAAGUUUUCUAAUGAUUUGGUUUUCUUGUUUUCUAAACACUUUUGUGUUCCUUAUCACGGUUGAGUGGCACAUGACGCCUGGUACUUUGCUUUACUAUUUGUUAGAAUAUGUUCAAGUUUUGCUGGGUUCAAAGUGGAAAUCAAGCCCCGCGUUGCAGCCAACAAGUCUCACACUGUACUGCAGGGUGAAAAACUGAAGUGCCUCAUCUGAGCAAGCUUGAUCUGAAAGCAUAAUCAGAUAGUUUAAAUUGGACACUGUGGAAGGAGAGAAAAAAAAGAUUUAACGAACAUUUAAUUAAAACAUUUUGAGGUAUUAAGGCUUUUACUGAUUGAUUUCAUUUUCUGAGCCACUUUUGAGAUGAAUGAAAUUCAUCCAUAGAUUUCUGUAUAGAGAGGUUGUCAUCUAAAAUAUAUAUAUUAUGGACAAUCUCACAUUAGCCAUUUUUAAAAUCACUAAUUCAGUUAUGAAUUUGAAUACAUAAAUUCAAUACAUCUAAGGGUGCUGCUUAAAAAAACAGUGACAAAAAUGCUAAAAAAGACUAAUGGUGCUCACGAYCACUAACAACUGAUAACAGAACAUGCUYACAAGCUUUAAAAUGAGGCAUUAAAAGAUUGUUAAAGGCAUAUUUGCUUUCUGCAGUGUCCCAGCCUYUAAUGGUGCAUUAACUAUACAGAAUGGCUCUUGUAAGUGGUUCAGAAUUUCCAUAGUGUUAAUAGAUAGCUUUUCUAAGUAAUAUGCUCUGAUUUAACAUAUUGCUGAGGCUUUGGCAGUAAGAAUGUGAAGAUAAAGUACCUCAGACACUGAGUUGGCUGUUUGCAAACUGUUGAUGUAACACAGGAUAAACAGAAAAGUCAAACCGAUCAUCUUUCCAGGGACAGAGUGACCCAAAUCCCUCGAGUUCUCGUUCAUUCUGGUUGCUUAUUUUACAGUCAAGCCGCCGUCAGCUUGGUGCUACAGAGUAUUUGACUCCUUCAUGACAGAAUUACAAGAAGAGAAUCAGUGCUUCCACAAUCCUGCACAAGAAACAAAUUUCAGGGAACAGCUGCUCCCUACGGCCAAAUGAGAAGCAUCAACACAUCCAAGAUGACAUACGUACAGUGGACCACAAUAAAGCUGAUCUUUUACUUCUGACACUGCUAGAAUAUGUUGCUUAUCACUAAAGGAUCGUAGCUGACCUCAAGGUCAUUGUUGCUGCUUCUUGGUUAGCUGCUUUUAUAAAUAAUAAGAAUAAUAAAAAAAAUCUGGCUUUAGUCCAAGAAAGUGAUCUUUACUGGCUGGAUAAAAAUUGUGUGUACCAACUUAAGCAUAGAGCUAUCAUCAGUUAUUGCAGCUCUUCUUGACACUAUAAAGAACUAUUGUGUUUGUGAAAAAAAAAAUGUUUCAAUACAUUUUCGACAUAUUAGCUAUGCAUAUAUGUAGAGCAUGAGCGCACUUUGCAGGAACAUGCAAUAAAAUGAGCUUCUUCCAGUCACUAAUAAUAUUAAGGUUUGUUCAUUUAAUUUGCAAAUGUACAAUAGCGAAUAGGAUGUARUGGGUGUACAACGUGAUCCUGUGAAUAAUCUGUUGAAUGACUAAUUUCUAGGGUUUAUACAUAACAAAGGGAGUGUUUUGAAUGUAAAUUCUUUGACUCUGUAAUGUCUGAGAUGCUCUGGUGGUUUUACCAUAGAAGAACCGUUCAUAAUAGCUUUUUAGAUCGCUCAGGUUAAAGACAGCACAGAACUUGCUCUCUGUAGUAAUGUUACACCUUCAGAACAUUGUUGGUUUUCUUCCAUUACAGAUGGGCAGGCUGUGCAACAUUGUAUAGUGAAAGAAUGUACAGUACAUGUAAAAAAAAAUGCAGUUACUGUAAAGACACGACUAAUAAUGUAUGAACCUGUACAGAUUUCAAAACUGGCAUUGGAAGGAUCUAUUUUUGGAAAUGUGAUGUAAUGAGAUGAUUGACAACGAAAGGUGAACGAACAGAGUGAAACUGCUGAUUUGUGACACAAAACCAUGUGUUUUUUGUUUUGUUUUCAACGUGAACAAUCACCGCAAAUUUAGUUGGAAAAAAGAAUGUGGAUCAGAUGUGCUUUGCUGUUGAUUCUACAUCGAUUUAAAUGUAUUCAUCUCACCAGAUUUGUUGGACUGUAAACAUUCAGCAUAGCAGUGUCAUAUUAUUGCAUCUCACAUAAUUCACAUGUGGUCCCUGGAGUGUGUCUGUGUGACUGACUGGAUGUUUGUGCAUUCAUAGUUCGCCCACUAAGAUACAAAAAUAUAAAUAUAAAUGUGCACUGAUGCCAGUUAUUCUACCCACUUGUUGUGCACCAACACCAAUGAGGAUUGGUGUUAUUCAGUGAAGGAUGUGACCAGUAGAGGCCGGUAGUCAGCUGGAGAUGACCUCUGCCAAGGUGUCUGCUCACUUCUUUCUAUUGUAUGCUAGAAAAUACAAACCUAAACAGGUGAAUAAUCRAUUUUAUAUUCAUUAAUGUUUUGGGUGUAAUUCUUAUCUGUACUCUACAGAAGCACAUGCAGGUAACAGAGUAAAACAGUCACAAAAAUAAAAYCGCAGCGAUGUAUGAGACCAAACAGAAAGGCACCAAAGAACAGCAGGCAUGUUAUAACAGCACCAAUUUCUCUGUACACCAAACUGUCUGAAAUAAGUACUUAAAAAUGUUGUUUUUAAACAUUUUUUAUUUCUGUUUUUGUAAUAGUUUCACUGUAAAUGACCAUUACUGUGUAAAGGAACUCAAAUCCAAACUGUCAUCUCAAUAAAAGAAGGUUGAAGGAAA